AUGGCUGCGGCCGUCACAAACUCUUCUCCACACGUGCCAACGCCCUCCUCGCCUGACGAAGAGGCUGAAUUGAGCUUUGGACAAGUCUGGAAAAGCGCUGCCCAAGUACACCAAAGACCCAAACUCGAGGACCAAGCUGCAGCUGGGAGGCGCAAGUCGUCGGUUCAAUUCCACACCGCAGACGCUGAGGACACCAUAAGAAGAGAGAGCGUUGUGCAAGGCCCUGGUGCUCGGCCUUCCGUGUCUCAGAAAAGGAUGUUGUCCCCCCCUCCUCCUUCCAACUAUCAGAGAGGCAUCUCCUUCGACACCUUUGAGAACAGAGAUGCCUCCACUGAAGCCUUUACACUCAACUACAAACACCGCGAAUACCACUCCACUCAACGCUCGCGCACAUUUCUGUGUGGCACCGAUGCUAAAGAUUACUCGGAAUAUGCCUUGGAAUGGAUGAUGGACGAGCUUGUCGACGACGGGGAUGAAAUUGUGUGCCUCCGAGUUGUCGAAAAGGACGCCAAAUCCUCUCUCGACACUGCAUAUGACCGUGGUAAAUAUCGCCACGAAGCCCAAAAACUUCUCGACAGUGUGAUGAAGAAGAACAGUUCGGAAGAGAAGGCUAUUAGUAUCAUUAUGGAACUGGCCGUUGGUAAAGUUCAAGAGAUUUUCCAACAAAUGAUCCAGCUAUAUGAGCCUGCAGCACUAGUGGUCGGAACACGAGGGAGGAACUUGGGCGGUAUGCAGGGGCUGCUUCCAGGCUCGGUCUCCAAGUAUUGCCUGCAGCACUCCCCGGUUCCCGUGAUUGUCGUUCGCCCAACCUCGAAACGGAUGAGAAAGAAGAAAAAGCGACAGCAAGAAACAGGCCGCAGUCUGUACAGCAGCAUGCUUGAGCAGGCGCAGACCUCUGGGGGCAGUCAUCUCUACGAGAAAGGCAGUACCAGUUCCAUCUCGGUCCAGGCGACACAGCAAGAGGCCGAUGCUGUCGCGAAGGCGAUUGGUCCACCCAAGCGUGGUAUUUUGAAGGGUACAUAUGGCGGUCAUCUCGCAAAGGUGACAUCUGCCAAAAGCGACGUCACAUCUGAUGAAGACUCCCCCGAGAGAAAGUUUGCAUUACCCAUUGGCUAUCUCAGUACCGAAAGUGCACCCAGAGCUGACCUCGCCAUGCAAAGUGCUACCAUCGCGGCUUUGGUAGAAGACUGGGACGAUGAACCUAAGAGGCCGCCGAAGUCCCCAAGGCAAGGACCAAAUGCUGGGGAUCGCAGAGAUAGUGACGCCGCGAUUUCCGACACAGAAGACUCCUACCUUGGUGUCCGGCAUCUCGUGGAGGAAAGGAGGCCAUCUGUCAGGGAGACAACACCAUGGCUGGCAAAUAUACUUCGAGACAAGCCACCGCCAAAAAGAGCCGGUAGUAAAGGUCGAUCUCCAGCACGAUAA